AAUCAGUCUCACUUUUGCUUCUUGUGUAUUUUCUUUCUGUUCUUCUUUACUUUUGAAAUAUUGAGAUUAGGUAUGGUUCCGGAAAUACCGUUCAUUCACUCCACUCCAAUCACUCACGCCAGAUCUCCUCCAGGCCAGCGCUGAGAGCCGGUGCCUCAGCGCCGAUUUAAUGUCAUCUUGAAAAUAUGCUCUAUAUAUCGCAGUCCACGCGCCAGACACUAUCAAUAUAUCUAUAGCCCAUUACGAAAUCAGCAGGGAAAAUUCCCCGAUAGCCCGCAGACGACAAUCCCAGACAACCAGUCCGUUUUCAAACUGACCGAAUCAACCUCGCAAUGGACGGUCCACCCCCUCCUCCCCCUCACGGCGAGAAACCGAACACCACCGGUGGCCAAGAAUACCGGAAGGCGUCGGACCUGCCCGAAGGGAACUACGAUAUCUUCAUUAUUCCGCCACAUUCGUCCGGGUCGGGCUUCCUCUAUCUCCCUUCGCUGCAAUGUCAGCGGAAUAGUUUCGUCGCUGGCUCGGUCUGCACCUUGUUCGUUGUCCUUGUGUGGUCUUUUAUAUCGCCCAUUUUCAAGACAUGGUAUAUAGCUGCUGCCACCAGUGGCGGCGGCGGCGGAGGCGGAGGGAUGGGUGUGGGACUCUUAGGGAUUGGGGUUGGGAUUGCAGGAUGGGGGUUCGGCGUGUAUCAAGCUGGGUUUGGAAAAAAAGGGCCGGGAAGUGCCAGAGCCAAUACUGGCCAGGCCGGUGCUGGAGGAGAAUAUGCGAGAGGGUCGGGUAAUGCUGGUGGACAGCAAGGGAACUAUGGUGGGAAUUAUGGAUCUCCGCCAGGGAGCCAGUACUCUGGAAAUCAGUAUGGUGCCGGCACUCCGCCUCAGACGCCUCCCCCUAACGCUGGCCCAGGACCAAAUAAACCCGAGUCGGCCAAGGCCGAAGAGAAGGCCCGAGCGGAAGAAAAGGCCCGCGAGGAGAAGGCCAGGGAAGAGAGGGCCCGGGAGGAAAAGGCCCGGGAGGAAAGGGCGCGAGAGGAGAGAGCUCGGGAGGCAAGGGCGCGAGAGGAGAAAGCUCGGGAAGAGAGAGCCCGCGAGAGGGCUCGAGAAGAAAGGGCCCGGGAGCAAAAGGCCCGGGAGGAAAGAGCUCGGGAGGAAAGGGCUCGAGAAGAGAGAGCUCGGGAGGAAAAGGCUCGUGAAGAGAAGGCGCGUGCAGAAAGAGAACGGGAAGAAAAGGCACGCGAAGAGGCAAGACGGAAGGAGGAGCUUCGACGGAAAAUGGAAGAGUUCAAGCGGAAGAGGGAGGCCGAGAAGCAAGAAAAACAAAGACAGCAGGAACGCGAGGCGAUGGAGAAAGAAAUGCGUGAGCGAAGGGAGCAGUUCGAGAAAGAGAUGGCCGCUGCCAGAGAAGCAGCGGCAAAGGAGGCACGGGAGCGCGCCGAGAAGGAAGCAGCCGAAGCUCGGGCAAAGGCCGAACGCGAUGCUGCGGAGGCCCGAGCAAAGGCUGAAAGGGAGGCCGCUGAAGCAAAAGCUAAGGCGGAGAAAGAAGCGGCCGAGAAGGAAGCGGCUGCAAAAGCGGCUGCAAAGAAGGAGGCGGAUGCCAAGUUUGCAGCCCUCAAGGAGGCGGCAGCAAAAAAGUAUGCCGAGAAGAAGGCCAAAGAUGCCCAAGAGGCAGCGGCCAAGGAGGCAGCAGCAGCGAAAGACGCCGCGGCGAAGGCUGCCAAGGAGAAAUCAGGGAGCGCAUCAGUCCCUCCCCGAAGUCCAUCACCGAAGAAGCCUCCUCCAUCUGGAGCACGAACUACAAUGUCUGCCGACCAAGACGAUGCAUAUUCCUUUCGACCGUACGACAGACCUCGACGGCCAUAUGGGGGCACGUCAAGUUCGUCAGCAUACUCUGAAUCAUCUUACGCUCCCUCACAAUCGACAGCUCGAACAUCACCUCCACCGUCAAAUAGGGGACGGUAUGAAACUAAGGACCCUGAUAAGAUUGUUAUCAAGGGUGUUUUUCAGUUCAACAAUGCAUUUAUUAAAAGCCCAGCGGCUCAGCUGGUCUCUGGACAGGGAAUGGUAACGGACGGACUCGUUCUGCGCAUCACUACCGAAGGUCUGUUCAUUGACGACGAUAUCCGGGGAGUGGGUCAGCGAGAAUGGGAUGUCAAGGCGUGGACAAUGAAGUUGGUUGAGGUGUGGUGCCCCCAAUAUGCCUCCCAGAAGCAUAACCCUCCGAAGCAGAGUUCGUUCUUUGGUCGACGGGACGAAGGACCUUCAUCGGCGGAGUCCGAUGCAUACCUGCUCAAUCUACUGAAAGUGUGCAAGAAUACAUGUCGUCUUGCGUCGCCAGGGUCUCAGUCCGAGGUACAGGGACUCCAUGUAUUGCGAGCCAGCGUUCGCGACCAGGAGGGUCGAAAAUAUCUUUUCGUCUUGGAAGAGACAGAAGGCUGGAAGGUGGGCAUCGGGCUUCAGCGACUUCGAAAGGGGGCGCUAGUACGAUCUCUGGGAGUGACAAACAUGUCGGUCAAUGAGGGCCGCUCGAUCCUCGGGAACCUUGGAUACAUCUGAUUAGCUUAAGUGUGUUUUCCAACGGUCCAACUUUGGUGCCUACACGGUAUAUAUUAUUCACCUCAGCGCUCAUAGCGAGACGUUGUUUCAAGAUCCAGCCUUGCAUAGUGUCAUUAUGGCUAGACCUUCAUUUGUACAGAGAUUCCCCCUGUUGUUGAUUGCUUAUGAUGUUGACGAUUUAUUGUGGUUCACGUAUUUCUAGUUGUACAUAAUGCAG